AUGAUAUUGAAUUCAAUCAAGGCCACUGUACUGGACGACUAUGUUAAUACACCUGAUCCAAAUUUUGGUUGGAAACGUCUACGAACAUAUGCAUAUCCUACAUAUAUGCUCUAUAUACUUAACAUGACAUCCCAACAAUGGUUCGAUGCUUCUUUCUCAUCACAACCUAUUUGGUGGCAUUACAUGAUCAUAACAGUACCACGAACAUUUCGACGUCCACAUAUUGCUUUUAUAUUCAUUGACGGAGGAGACAAUACAGAUUCAAUACCUACGAGCAGUUCUGUAACAAUGCUUGCUGAGAGUACAGGCAGUGUUGCCGUUGAAUUAAAACAGAUUCCUAAUCAACCGAUUCGAUUUAUGGCUGAUCCAACACAAGAGUCUCGUACAGAAGAUGCCAUAAUAGCAUGGACCUGGAAGACAUUUAUUGAACAAAAUGGUACAAAUCCAUAUAUUCUUCUUCGUAUGCCAAUGACAAAAGCUGCAGUACGAGGUAUGGAUACAACAGAACAGUUGUUAGAGGAAGAAGGAUAUCCAGUACCAAAAAACUUUGUUGUUGCAGGACUUUCGAAACGUGGAUGGACAACUUGGACAACUGCUGCUGUAAAUAAUCAGCGUGUAUCGGCUGCUAUUCCUAUUGUCCUGGAUAUUUUGAAUCUUCAGAAGAAACAAAUUCUACCAUCAUUCAAAUGGACACGAAUCAUUAAUCAAACUCAUGGUCAGAUUGUUGGAGUUGUCGAUUUUAGUGAUGGACAACCUAAGCCAAUAAAAGCUACAGUUUAUCAAGCUCGAACAGUUAAUGGCACAAAGUAG